UAGAAGUUAGAUACGCUGUCGCGCACAUAGUUUUUCGCCUAGGAAAUCAAUUCGAUUUUUUUUAAAUGUAAUUGUCGCUUAAUUACUAGAUUUGAUACAUAAAAAGUAUUAAGUGUGCGUGAGUGUAGUGUAACAAUGCCCAGUAAAAAGAAAAAAUACAACGCCCGUUUCCCAGCAGGUCGCAUUAAGAAAAUUAUGCAAACUGACGAGGAAGUAGGAAAAGUUGCACAAGCAGUACCCGUUAUAAUCUCUAGAACGCUGGAAUUAUUUGUACAUUCGUUAUUGACAAAAACGAUGCAGGUCACCAAUGCUAAAAAUGCUAAAACACUUAGUCCUUCUCAUAUGAAACAAUGUAUUUUGUCUGAGAGUCGCUUCGACUUUUUAAAGGAUUUAGUAAAAGGCGUUCCAGAUGUUUCUGGUCCUGACGAAGAUGGUCCUACUCCACCUCUAACACCUGCUCCAAUGAGUGCAAACCCAUUAACUACUGCGUGUGCUCAUUCGAUCAGAAAUUUGGAUCCUGAAUUUCAGCACGAGAAGAGUUUCAACAGCACAUCUCGUCGAGGUUCCAAGGAUUGCAAAGUAACGGGAAUUCCCAAUGUGUCUCAAGCCACACACGUUUCAACGUCGAACGUGCCAGAAUUUCAAAUGUCUGUACCCACUUCCUUUGGUCCAAGCCAGCCCAACUUCUACACGGAAGUAGCUCCACUAAAUCUCGCCACAAAUCCAUCCAGGAUAAGCGGGCCCAAUCAGACGAUAUCAAAUUUCACCCACACUGCCAACAUCGAUGAGGAUUACGAUACGUAGUUAAAUUUUUGACGAUCUAGUUAUUAAAAAAACUAUGUGUCCAUAUUGUCUAAUGUAAGUCUGACACUUAGUCAGUAUUCUUAAAAAACACAAGUCUGAGCAACCGAGUAAUGUUACAUUCUUUGUCAGUAAUUAAUUUUAUCUGUCAAGUGACUUAAACAACUGCUACGAUGCAUCGAUAAUUUUGAAUUGAUUAAUUUUUUCAUCAAAACGACGAAUAUUUACUGAACGUAAGGAAUAAGGUACACUAUAAUUUAUUCCCUAGCUUAUUGUUUAGAUUCAAAUGCAUUGUAUCUGAUCGACUGAUACAUAAUAUUUGUAAUAUAUUUUAUGGCUUGUAGUUAAUGCAUCAAUAUCGUAAAAGGCCUUCGAAGUUGUUUUCAACUUUAAACGUUUGUAAUUUAGCAAUUUUCAGCGUCAGCUCUCAUUUCUUAUUAAGGGUAAUUGUUUUUCUAGUUGCAAUUUAUAAUUUGUCACGGUGUGUCCGAACAAACUUUAAUUACUAGGUCCUUGUCGAGGGAAUUAGCCGACUGAUUAUUUAUGGCUAGCUUCGAUUAAGUACAAAUCAAAACUGGUUGCACAUCCAAUUUCUCUUUUAUAUGUACAUUUUUCGGGGAUGCCUCUCGGUUAUGUUAAGCCAAGAAAGAAAAUAAUCGUUCCACGCGUUUUUGAGAAAAACGAUUUUAUAUUCUUGACGAUUCAAAAAAUAAUUCUUCUCAAGAACGGCGUGAAAUAUGAAUAGCAGUUCAUGGUUGAAAAUCGCUUCCUUCCUGAGAUCUAUAAAAUUAUACCCUUACUAGUUGUCUAUUUUGUGUAUUUUAUUUAACUUUUGAAAAAAUAAUGUAAAUCGAUAAAAC